CCAGACGUAGGUGGAUGCAGUUAGCCGCCGGAGGCCCGGCCCCAGCCCUCCCCCCGGCGGCCUUCCCGCCUCCUAGGGUUGCCGGGGUCGCCCGCCGUGCUGCCGCCUUCUCCCCCAGAUUUUCAGCUACUGAUGUUACAAACAAAAUAUUGGAGCAUAGAGUUGAGGAAAAGACUUAAACCAGAUUUUUCUUCAAUUAGUUAAAAAUAUGGAUCCUGAAGGAGAGAGACCACAGAUUUGCAAUGUGACACCUUUUCAACAGAUUGUUGCCUCUUGUACUGGGGCCAUACUGACAUCACUAAUGGUGACACCCCUGGAUGUUGUUAAAAUUCGACUGCAAGCCCAAAGCAACCAAUUUUACAAAGGAAAAUGUUUUGUAUAUAAUAAUGGACUUAUGGAUCAUCUCUGUAUCUGUGAAGAGGAAGGCAACAAAGCAUGGUAUAAGAAGCCAGGAUAUUUCCGGGGAACAUUAGAUGCAUUUUUGAAAAUCAUUCGAAAUGAGGGCAUUAAAUCUCUGUGGAGUGGCCUUCCCCCCACCUUAGUAAUGGCAGUUCCUGCUACAGUUAUCUAUUUUACCUGCUAUGAUCAAUUAACUGCUCUCCUGAAAUCUAAAUUAGGAGAAAAUGAAAGCCAUAUACCAAUUGUUGCUGGAAUUGUGGCCAGAUUUGGUGCAGUAACUGUAAUAAGUCCCUUAGAAUUGAUAAGAACCAAGAUGCAAUCUAAGAGGUUUUCUUACAAGGAGCUGCAUCAAUUUGUCACCAAGAAAGUGUCCAAAGAUGGUUGGAUUUCCCUUUGGACUGGCUGGACUCCUACUCUUCUUAGAGAUGUACCAUUCUCAGCAAUGUACUGGUAUAACUAUGAACUUUUAAAGAAGUGGUUGUGUGAGAAAUCUGGUUUAUAUGAACCCACAUUUAUGAUCAACUUUACUUCAGGAGCAUUGUCUGGUUCUUUCGCAGCUGUUGUAACUUUGCCAUUUGAUGUGGUUAAAACACAAAAGCAGACACAACUUUGGAUGUAUGAAAGUCAUAAAAUUUCUAUGCCUAUGUCAACCUGGGCUAUAAUGAAGAACAUUGUUGCUAAGAAUGGGUUUUCUGGAUUAUUUACAGGCCUAACUCCCCGUUUAAUUAAAAUUGCUCCUGCUUGUGCCAUCAUGAUCAGUACAUAUGAAUUUGGAAAGGCUUUUUUCCAGAAAAAAAAUACUCAAAAACAGCAGUAGUGAUGCUGCUUCAACUUGAAAUAGCCGCGGCCAAAUAAGAUGGAGCUCUUAGGCAAGAGCCUUUCUUUUUUCUUACGAUUAUUUUGUAUCUUUCUUGCCGAUAAUUUAAAUGAAUAGAAAUUUCUACCUUGACUCUAAAUCAUAAUCCUUAUUUUAAAAUAAAUUGUGUAUUCCUAAUUUUUGAGAUAGUGAAAAAGAUAUUUCAGAAAUCACAACCACUGAGCAUUUUAUAAAGAAAAAAACAAUUAUUCCUUAACACUUGGAACUUGAGAGUUUGAUAUUAAAGAUCCUGUAUUGUAUUCUGAUACUGCAAGAGAAUGUGGUUUACUGAUUGUAUUAAAUGUUCACUAAAGUCAAGCGUGGGUGUAGAGUGGAAAACAACAUUGUACUUAGACAAGUAAAAAUAAUGUUUUGGCACCGGAAGGUCAUCUGGUUUCAGCCAUGUGAUAAUUCAUGUGUCACUGUGGAGUCCUCUAGGUCGCUCUAUUGGCUUGUUCUAUUAUAUUUGAUAUUAUUAAUACAAUGUCAGUUAUAAAAUAUUUCUAGAAUUUCCCUUGAUGAUAUUCAUCUCACAUUAGUAUGCUAGACAAGAGACUACACAUACAAUUUCCUUGGUCACUAUAGGCUAAUGCCUAAGUAAUUUAGCUUAUGACUAUAGGAAUGAAAUAAAAAGAUUAUGGCAGGACAAGAAAUGAUAUUUUUUAAAGUAUUUGUUGGAUUUUCUUAGGAUAUACAUAAGAAAAGCACUUUAUUGCAAACUAUGUGUAUUUUAUGAAAAUGUGAAACAUUUCCCCCCUAAAAUAGGUAAUAUAUUUAGGUGUUAAAGCUCUGAUGUUCACAGAGGAAUUAAUGUAUUUGUAUUAUAGUAAAAAACUCAUAUGUUUUACCAGAAAUAAAUUAUAUGGGAUUUGUAUGUAA